ACCAUUCAAUUCACUUGUUAACUCUACCACUCAACCCUUCCUUCUUAAUUUUACUUCUUCAAUUCAUUUCUUUCCAGCGACUUUAGAAAAUUAAUUGAGAAGAUGGUGACUGUUGGUGAGAUCCGCCAGGCACAAAGGGCUGAAGGCCCUGCCACCGUCUUGGCCAUUGGUACCGCAACUCCUCCAAACUGUGUGGAGCAGAGUACUUAUCCUGACUACUAUUUUCGUAUCACAAACAGUGAGCACAAGACCGAGCUCAAAGAAAAGUUCAAGCGCAUGUGCGACAAGUCAAUGAUUAAGAAGAGAUACAUGCACUUGACUGAAGAGAUCUUGAAGGAGAAUCCUAACAUAUGCGAGUAUAUGGCACCUUCAUUGGAUGCAAGGCAAGACAUGGUGGUCGUGGAAGUACCAAAACUAGGAAAAGAGGCUGCAACAAAGGCCAUCAAGGAAUGGGGUCAACCCAAGUCCAAGAUUACCCAUCUCAUCUUUUGCACCACAAGCGGUGUGGACAUGCCUGGUGCAGAUUACCAGCUCACAAAGCUCUUAGGCCUUCGCCCAUACGUGAAGCGUUUCAUGAUGUAUCAACAAGGUUGUUUUGCUGGUGGCACGGUGCUUCGUAUGGCCAAAGAUUUGGCUGAAAACAACAAAGGUGCUCGUGUGUUGGUUGUUUGCUCUGAAAUCACUGCAGUUACUUUCCGUGGACCCAGUGACACUCAUCUUGAUAGUCUUGUGGGACAAGCACUGUUUGGAGAUGGUGCAGCUGCUGUCAUUGUUGGUUCAGACCCAUUACCUGAGGUCGAAAGGCCUUUGUUUGAAUUGGUAUGGACUGCACAAACAAUCCUCCCAGAUAGUGAAGGAGCCAUUGAUGGUCACCUUCGUGAAGUGGGGUUGACAUUCCAUCUUCUGAAGGAUGUUCCUGGUCUAAUCUCAAAGAACAUUGAGAAAGCUUUGGUGGAAGCCUUUCAACCACUAAACAUCUCAGAUUACAACUCCAUCUUUUGGAUAGCACACCCUGGUGGACCAGCAAUUCUUGAUCAAGUGGAGGAAAAAUUAGGCUUAAAGCCAGAAAAAAUGCAAGCUACCCGACAUGUCCUUAGCGAAUAUGGUAACAUGUCAAGUGCUUGUGUAUUAUUUAUUUUGGAUGAAAUGAGGAGGAAAUCAAAAGAAGAUGGAUUAGCCACAACCGGAGAGGGACUCGAAUGGGGUGUGCUAUUCGGUUUUGGACCAGGACUCACCGUUGAGACUGUUGUGCUCCAUAGCGUGGCCCUCUAAACCAAGGACACCGAGUCUUGUUCGCUUCUAAUCUUUUCUUUUCAGCCAAAAGUUUAGAAGGAUGCAUUCUUUUUUUGUUUUUAAGCUUUUGUUUUUCUGUUAAUCACUCUUUAUGCCUUAAAAUUAUUUAUCUUUACGUUUGAAAGCCUUUAUGAUUUAAGCUGUAUUUCAUUAAUUUGUAAUACGAUCAAGUGCAAUUCACAAUUUUAUAUGAAUAACAGGCUUCUGUUAUCCUUC